CCUGCUGAUGCUGCUGGGCUCGCUAUUGCCGCUUACUCCAGCUGAGCCUUGAGUAGCAGCAGGACCAGGGCAGGGACUGACUCCAGUCCUUGGACUUAGGACACCGCAGCACCUUCUCUUGCGUGCGUGACUCAUUCGUAUAUCAUUUCUGUUUAUGCCUGGGGUGGGGAGAAAAAUCCCAAACCAGCUGUGUAAAUGAGUAUGGAAGAUUAUGAUUUCCUGUUCAAAAUUGUUUUAAUUGGCAACGCUGGAGUGGGAAAGACGUGCCUAGUCCGACGAUUCACUCAGGGUCUUUUCCCCCCAGGUCAAGGAGCCACAAUUGGAGUUGAUUUUAUGAUUAAGACAGUGGAGAUUAACGGUGAAAAAGUGAAGUUACAGAUCUGGGACACUGCGGGUCAAGAGAGAUUUCGCUCCAUCACCCAAAGUUACUACCGAAGCGCCAAUGCUUUGAUCCUUACCUAUGACAUCACCUGUGAGGAAUCCUUCCGCUGCCUUCCCGAGUGGUUGCGGGAGAUAGAACAGUAUGCUAGCAAUAAAGUCAUCACUGUGUUAGUGGGCAACAAGAUUGACCUCGCUGAAAGGAGAGAGGUCUCCCAACAGAGAGCAGAAGAGUUUUCAGAGGCUCAGGACAUGUAUUACCUGGAGACUUCAGCCAAGGAAUCUGACAAUGUGGAGAAACUCUUCCUUGACUUAGCAUGCCGACUCAUCAGUGAAGCCAGACAGAACACACUGGUGAACAAUGUAUCGUCACCCUUACCUGGAGAGGGCAAAAGCAUCAGCUAUUUGACUUGUUGUAAUUUCAACUAAAGGCUGAGGCAAAGAGAAUCAAAGGGAAUCAGUAGUUGCCUUGGUGGGCCGUAUGUUGCUAGGGAAUCUGGCAAUGACUGGCUCCCGCUCUUGGACCUUCUGACUCCUGUAGGCUCCAGAGCUUACCAAGCAUGCAGGCCAAGGGCCUUGACUGCAGGCCAGCAUUAGCAGAACACAUAAUGGUUUCACCCUUCCGCAGUCUGGCGUUGGAGCAAGGAGAAAAUUGCACUAAGCGCUCCAAGACCUGCAGAGCAUGUUGCUUUUGUUUUUAAAAAAGCAAGUAAAAAUGCAUUCCUGAACACAGAGCAGGGGAUCAUAUAAUGUAGGAAUCCUUCUGUGUGUCAGCGGGUGCAUGAGGGGCUGUUCUUUAGGCUUCAGUGGUAAUCUGGUGCCCAUGGAUUUCUUGUCCACCAGGUAAACCAAAACUGGAAAGGCCAAGUACUGUCUCUGUAGGACUUAUUGAUGACCCCAUGGAGAUUUUGAGAAGUGUUAUUUCUUGUGUCCACAAGCACUUUCAAAACCUUUGGGAUAUAAAAAUGGGAACUCUUCUCAUGACCAACAGUAAAAAUUAUUGUUUAAUAAUAUAUACAAGCUCCAUGACUCUUUUUGGUGCUAAUGAUUAUGCUAUUUCACAGACCAAAUGUUUUAAUACAUUGAUACCCUUAGAUGUAUUACCUAAAAAUAAAAAGAGAAUGGGGGAAAUCCAUGAGUCAGCAGUCUUUUUCAGUCUCAUUACCACUGUUUCUAGGAUGGGUUUGGAUAUGAGAAGGCCUUUUUCUUUCAUAUUCUCCUUGAAAUUUAUUAACUUUCUUCUAUUCUUUCACACUUAUCCCUGCCCUUCAAGUAAAUCAAAGUAUAAAAACAAUGGGGGGAAAAGUAUAAAUGAUGACAUUCGAAUAAAGAAGAUUAGUUGCACAACAUGUUGAGUAGCAUGAGAAAACAGAGCAGAUAUGACCAAAAUACUGUGGACUAUGGACUGACUGCAGAGCAGGCUUCUGGACAGAGCACAGCUCUCUCUAACAGGUCACGCCUUUUCCUUUCUGGAACUAGCCUUGGAUAGACCAAGGUUUAGGAUUUUGUAGACAUUUUUAGUAUAGUAAGUGAGAACAGCAACAGAUGAAAAGUCUCACAAACCAUUUUUGUAUCUUCAAUAAACGUAGGAAAGCGCUGCUCAGGAAGCAGGCUGAGUUGUCCUUUAUUAAUAUUAAUGUUGAUCUUAGAUUCAUGACCAUGCAUUUCUUUUCCCUUUAUCUUUUCUUUCCCCUAGUCUCCCCUUAUAGUGUUCCUUUCCCCAUUCCUCCUUUUUCUCUUUCCUUCCCAUACUGGAAUGCAUGUGUUACUUGAAAUCUCCAAUUCAAAUGGAGGUAUAUAUGCCUUUACUUUGCCGAUUUUACAACAGGACUCAUAUUGGAAGACGUGCUGCUGAGUGAGUUCCUGUUUCUUCAGUGCCAUGUUUGGAUAUUUUCCAAUUUGUUCACUGUCAUAAAUGCAGAUGCGACAGUAAUUAAGUCUGUAUGCUCUUGGUGUUGUCAGGCGUUGCUGUAGCUUGCUGAGUAUGAAUCACUGAAUGAGGAGGAUAUGACGUGUAAUUCCACUGUUGGUAUUGAUGGUGACAAUCUUGGACCUGACAUGUCACUCUUGAAAAGCUACUGAAUUGUAAAGCAAUGAGUCAACACGGCAGGAUAUUGAUAACACAUUUCUAGCAUUCCUAGCAGAUUCCAUAAUGUCUGAUUUUUUUUUUACACGUGACUGUAUGUAUUAUUACCAGUCAUUGGUAUUGAUUGUCUCACUAUGCUUGUUUUGAUUCUGUAGGAAAGAAAAAAGCUUCCUAAAAGUUUGAACUGUCUUUCCUUUAUACAGGAAGGGGAAAUAAAUCACUUUAAUUAAAAUAAAAAUCAUUUAUAAUUACCUUUGCUUAAUAUUAAGCCAGCAACCAAAGGCUUAAGAAGAUAAACCAAUCAAAGUUACAGAAAAAAUGUUAUCUUUCUACUGUGAAUGUCCUAAAUUUAGAUUUAUUACUUUUCUUUAUGGCAAAAUUCUGAUCUCCUCAGCAUAAGAUGACUCAGCCUUGUCUCACAGCAGUGUGAUAAAAAUAACGUUGCUUUGUGAACUUUAAGGGCUUUGUUAGAUUGGACUAAUUUAGCUCUAGAAUAGCAGCUUUUAGGGUCACAUUUAUGUUAUGUUAUUCUUAUUCCUUUGGGCUUAUAGCACCCCCAUCUGUCCCCAUCUGAGUUCAGAAGCAGCUCAGAGAGCUCUGUUCCAGGUCCAUUGCCCCCUGGGUCUCUGAGUCUUUGAGUAAAUCAUAGUCACCAAUCUUUGGCCCAUUAGUGUGGACAGUUGAGAAGGUGGGUCCUUAUGUUCCACAGUUCUGUGAAUUUAAGAUUAGGCCUUUUGGAGAUUUGCUCAGUUACGUAUCUCAAGUUCUCAAACUUGAUGACAAUAUUAUAGGUGCAAUAAAUACCAGUUGAAUAAAUGAUUUAGUGCCAAGAGUUUUGUUUGUUAUUUUUUAAAUGAAAGUCCAUGAAGUGGUUCUUGAGAAAGAAUCAUUUCAAUCUAGGGCAGAACAUAAAUAUUAUUUUGCCUAAUAAUUCUAAAUGCCAGGGCAAUAUUUGCUUAAAUCAGCCUCCUUUACAUAAAAUUAUUUAAUGGUGAACCCCCUCCCCCAAGUUUUUGUUUAUUGUAAUGUAAUUCAGCUCAUCCUGACAAGGCCAUCUCUCCUGCCAUUUGUAAUAUAACCUUUUUUUUCUUUUUAAUAAAAUUAUUAAAUAUGUGGCUGUCUUUUUAGUUUCCAGUGAAAAUACAUGUUCAGGUUAUAGAGUCAUGCUUGAAAAAGACCUAUGGAAUCAUAGUUUUCUGAUAUGGCUUUUUACAGACUGUAUCCUCAAAGAACUUAGUGGUUUCUCCUUUUCCUACAGAGCUGUGUUCCUUUGUAUUCUUUCAUUAGAUCUGUUGGAUUAUAUUAAUAUUUAAUUGCUUAGAUCCAAUCAUGGUUUGUGUAGACUUCAAAGGUUACAUCAUUGGCCUUUUCUGGCUUUCAUCCCAUCUCCCCACCCAUAGUGUCGUCAUUUUUUUAUGUCAGCAUCUUUCCUUAAGUGGAAAGACAAUGACUAAAAUGAAAUGGAAAUAUAUUAGCAGUAUAUAGUAUGUCAGGUUUUGACUUUGAAAUAAUUAAGAAACCACUGACCAAAACAAGAUGUUUGGAUUAGCAUGAUUCAGAGCAGUGAGGCUCGAUGGAGGGAGGAAGGAAGCAAACUCUUCUCUUCAUCAAAGUGUACCUGGAAGGACUCCCAGUGGUAGAGCAGGGAUUUGCCAGUCUACUCUUUGAGCUAUCAUCCCACAACAUCAACUUCACUUAGGCUAAUUCUGAAGAAACAGUUGCAAAUCAUUUUGAACUUGAUUUUUAACCCCAAUGUGUCAUACCAGCAUGGACAUAUGUACUUAUUAGGGAUCACUUUUUUAGUAGUUCUGAAAGAAGUUGUAGGGUUUUUUUUUUUUAAGAACUUUUAACAGCAACGGUUUACUUUCACAUCUCAUUCUCUGACAAGAUGUAUUCUGUAUAAGCAAUUAUUGUCAAGAUAGGUUUUCUUUUCUGGGACUUUUGUUCCUGUAGCACAAGUUUAUCUGUGUUCGAAAGGAAAGCUCCCUUAUACUGCACAGACAGGCAGUAUUAGCUUAUGAUCGCAGUCCUUCAGGUCAGUCAUUGCUGUUGAGUAAUAUAGAUUGUUCUUCACUCCCUUCCUGAAUCACAGGAUGUUCUUGUCCUAGUUACUCUGGGGAGACACUGAUUUUUACUUUUUGUCUCUCUCUUUUUUUUAAAGACCAGAUCUCAGUCUGUAGCUCCAGAAAUCAGGCUGGCAUAGAAAUCACAAUGUAGUUCAGGCUGGCUUUAAACUCAUAAUAAUUCUCUUACCUUAGUCUUACUAUAAUUAAUGAGCCACCAUGGUUAACUCAUUGAAACUAAAAACAAGUGGAGGGAUAACUAGCGGGGUAAAUGAAUUUAACACAAGAUAGUUGGAGAUUAUUUGGAGGAUUUUUGUCGGACACUGCAUAGAGAGAGGAAUAUAAAAGAUAUUUCAGAGUUCAAAGAGAUAGAAUAAAGCCUAUCACACUCAAGCCAUAGAAACACAGAUUAGGCUGUGCUAGGGAGAAGUUCACACACACACACACACA